UUACUCUGAGACCUGAGUGGUUUUUUGACAGUUUAGUAAAUAUAAUUCUAAAAUCGGUGGGAAUUGUUUUUUAUGGUUUAUUUAAAACUAAAAAGUGGCAUUUCAUAAUUUGCAGUGUAACUAUAUGAAAUAAAAUGGCUCUUUAUUGUGCAAUAUCCAAUGAGGUGCCAGAAGUUCCUGUGGUGUCCCCGUAUUCAGGAGCUGUGUUUGAGAGGCGUAUAAUUGAGAAGUAUAUUAUAGAGAAUGGUGUAGAUCCUAUCAGUGGAAAAGAACUCAGAGUUGAAGAUCUGAUUGAAAUAAAGACCCCAGCAAUAGUGAAGCCCAAGCCCCCAAGUGCCACAUCAAUCCCAGCAACUCUAAAAAGUAUGCAGGAUGAGUGGGACGCUCUCAUGCUUCACACAUUCACACAGAGACAACAGCUGCAGACUGCGAGACAGGAACUGAGCCACGCGCUAUACCAGCACGACGCCGCGUGCCGAGUCAUCGCUCGACUUACAAAGGAGGUGACGGCGGCCAGGGAAGCGCUCGCCACGCUCAAACCGCAGGCGGGAAUAGUGGCUCCACAGCCUGCACAUGCGGUGGAGAGCGGCGCGGGCGCGGGCGCGGCGGCCGUGGGCAUGUCGGGCGAGGUGGUGGCGCGGCUGCAGGAGCGCGCCACGGCGCUCACGCAGGAGCGCAAGCGCCGCGGCCGCACCGUGCCCGACGCGCUGCUGCCGCCCGACCAGCUGCGCGCCUUCCUGGCGCUCGCCUCGCACCCGGGUCUGCACUCCGCCAGCGUGCCCGGCAUCCUAGCGCUGGACAUCAACCCGUCGGACCACAGCCGCAUCCUCACGGGCGGCAACGACCGCAACGCCACCGUGUUCAACAAGGACACGGAGCAGGUGGUGGCCAUCCUCAAGGGCCACACCAAGAAGGUGACGCGCGUCAUCUACCACCCCGACGAGGACACCGUCAUCACCGCGUCGCCCGACCACACCAUCCGCGUGUGGAACGUGCCCACGUCGCAGACGACGGUGCUGCUGCGCUCGCACGACGGGCCGGUGACGGGGCUGUCGCUGCACCCUACGGGCGACUACGUGCUGUCCACCUCCACGGACCAGCACUGGGCCUUCUCCGACAUCCGCACCGGCGCGCUGCUCACCAAGGUUAGCGACGCUUCUGGCGUGAGUCUGACAACGGCCCAAUUCCACCCGGACGGUCUCAUCUUCGGCACGGGAACCGAAAACUCGCAGGUCAAGAUCUGGGACUUGAAAGAGCAGAGCAACGUCGCCAACUUCCCCGGCCAUCUCGGACCUGUCACGUCCAUAUCGUUCUCCGAGAACGGCUACUACUUGGCCACAGCCGCUGAAGACGCGUGUGUCAAGCUAUGGGAUCUGCGCAAGCUGAAGAACUUCAAGACCAUUCAGCUGGAGGAGGGGUACGCCAUCAAGGAGCUGUGCUUCGACCAGAGUGGCACGUACCUGGCAAUAGCUGGCACGGACGUCAGGGUCUACUUGUGCAGGCAGUGGCAGGAGCUUAAAGUGUUCAACGAGCACACGGCGUCCGCCACGGGGGUCAGGUUCGGGAAGAACGCUCAGUACCUGGCUUCUACGAGUAUGGACAGAACGCUCAAGCUGUAUGGCAUUGAUUUGGAGUAAAACUUGACUGGAAUUUAGUUAUAAGCCGCCUUCGAAGCAAGUGCGGAAAUCCUGAACGAAAUUUCCGCAAUGUUUUACUGUUGGUGAGAUGUUAUUACUUUUUGUGUGUAUACUGACCCAAAACACAGAUGACCUUAAUGUAAUAUGUCUCCUGAAUCCUAAGCCCUGGGAAGAUCCAAGGUAUAGUUUCGAUCAACCGCUUUGUUGACCACGUUUUAUUCUUUUCUUAAAUAAUGCGGAAACCGUUAGUUUUCCCGGAGUAAAAAGUAUCCUUAUUCCGUCCUACUGGAUGCAAGCUAUACAUGUGUGCCAAAUUUUACCAAGAUUGGUGCAGUAGUUUAGCCGCACUUUUGUAACAGACAAAUAAAUAAGCAGAAAAACUUUGAAUUUAUAAUAUUAGUAUGAACUUUGUGGAGGUCCGAGUUGUUAAGCCUUUACUUUUCCUCCAAGUUUAUGAGACCACUUAUUGAUUGUUUAGUAUCUGAGCCCACCAACCUGUAAAGUUGACGCAUGGUGAGUCUUGGCUCUCUCUAAGUUACGCCGAGAAACAAAUGGAGUGACGAUGAGCAUGUAACUAAGGGUAAUGUAAGAUAAAUAAAAGAAAGAUUUUACUUUAUAACUUAAUAAACUAAUUAUAUUGGGCUGCUAUAUUUAGUAUGCUGGAUUUUACCUCUAUCUGUAAUAACAUCUCAUUUCCUGUUAUCAGUGUGAUGCGUAAUUUUGUCAUAGUAUAUUUACCAACUACUCUUGCAACCAUCACGUCAUUUGCGAGUGUCGUUAUUCAUCAGGUAAAGGUCAAGUCAGGGUAAAAAGGACCUUAAUACACUUUGUAGUGAAGCCUAAACUCCAGCGUUCCAUAGCCAGCGAUGCGAUGUCUUAAAUGAGUAAAAUAAACCAGUGGUGCAGAAUGUACCUUAAAGCAAGAGACAUAAGGUAUAUAUUACUUCAGCGUUCAAAACUUGAAAACGUUUUCCUAUUUUAAUUUUGUGUACCACAAACAGAUUGAUGUGCAAGUUCAUUUUAGUUAUAAAUAUAUUAUUAUAAGUUCUAAAAUAAAAUUUGAUAAAGACA